GGCUCUCGACCAUCUUGAGUCCCAGGCAGGGAGGGGAAGGAGACUGGCUGGCUCCUGGCCUGCCUCUCUCCCUCUCAGUCUCUCUCAAUCCCCCCCCCCCAUACACACACACACACACUUUUGCCCAAAGCAGCUGGGCUGCUUGGAUAACGUCAUCGCUUCCGCCCAGCUUCCUCCUCCUCUGCUCUUCUUGGCUGCUGCAAGAAUCCAACAUGGAGUAAAGGCAGCGAUGGGGCUCGGAAGGGGCCUCCAGCUGCUGCUGGCCAAAGCAGAGGCACCCCCCAGGUGCCUUCCUGCCCGCUGAGCCCCCUCUGGGCAGCCUCCCCACUGCAAACCCCUUGAUCCCCAUUCCUCCCUCCUUCCUUCCCUAUACAACUGCAGCCAAGGAGGCCUUAGCAGACCCCCAGCUCCAAGGCUUCCCUCCCCAUCCCUUCCAAGAAGGAGCAGCCCAAGGAGGCCUCCAGCCCAGCCACCCACUCCCCACUUUUCUUUAGGGGGUGGGCUUGGGGCUCUGGCUUUCUCCCCGCCAUGUAAAGCUCCAGGGAAAAAUGAAGAGGCGCAGGCCGGCUGCCCGCGGCGGGGGAUGAGCUGCCAGGAGGAGAAAAUGACCGAAGAAAACCACCACCCAGACGAUGACAGCUAUAUUGUGAGAGUCAAAGCUGUGGUUAUGACCCGAGAUGACUCCAGUGGAGGAUGGUUGCCACAAGAAGGAGGCGGUCUUAGCAGAGUUGGUGUCUGCAAGGUCAUGUGCCCAGAGGGCAACGGGAGAAGUGGGUUUCUGAUCCACGGAGAAAGGCAGAAAGACAAACUGGUGGUAUUGGAAUGCUAUGUAAAGAAGGACCUGGUCUACACUAAAGCAAACCCUACAUUUCAUCACUGGAAAGUUGACAACAAGAAGUUUGGGCUGACUUUUCUAAGCCCUGCUGAUGCACGUGCAUUUGAUAGAGGAGUGAGGAAAGCCAUUGAAGAUCUCAUGGAAGGAUCUACAACUUCGUCCUCAACAAUCCACAAUGAGACUGAAGUUGGAGAUGAUGACGUCUUUACAAAUGCUACGGACAGCUCUUCUAAUUCUUCUCAGAAGAGAGAACAGCCUUUGCGAACACUAGCCUCCCCUCCAUCCUGUGAACAUCACAGAAUUUGCACCCGUGGUCAUAUUCAUGACCAGUUUAGCCCUGACCACUACCAUCUAGAACAAUCAGUCCCGCGACCAUAUCGGCAUGUCAGCUUCCCAGAUGAUGAUGAAGAAAUUGUUCGGAUUAAUCCCCGAGAAAAGAUCUGGGUGACAGGUUAUGAGGACUACCGCCAUACCCCUAUGCGAGGGAAGUACAUUGAUUCAGAUGACGGGGACUCCUACGUGCGGUUUGCCAAAACUGAAGCCUCCAAACAUGAUUAUAAUUAUCCUUAUGUAGGCAACUCUGACUUUGAUCCCAGUGAAGACAUUAAGGGUGCAGUGAUAAAGACUCAGCCUGCCAGGUGCAAAUCACGGCGGCGGAAAGCAGAUGGAGAGAGGUCGCGGUGUGUCUAUUGCAGAGACAUCUUCAAUCAUGAGGAGAACAGGAGGGGUCAGUGCCAGGAUGCUCCAGACCGAGUGAGAAGCUGCAUCCGCCGAGUCAGCUGUAUGUGGUGUGCGGACAGUAUGCUCUAUCACUGUAUGUCUGAUCCAGAAGGAGACUAUACAGACCCUUGUUCUUGCGAUACCAGCGAUGAAAAGUUUUGCCUCCGGUGGUUGGCCCUUAUCGCCUUGUCUUUUAUCGCUCCUUGUAUGUGCUGUUACUUGCCACUCCGGGCUUGUUAUCACUGUGGGGUUAUGUGCAGGUGCUGUGGUGGGAAACACAAGGCAGCCGGAUGACAACCCUCCAAGCUUGGUUGAAGAACUUGGCCUUUUCUCCUUUGACCUAAGGAGUGUCUUGGUCUGAAGCAUUCUCAGAUUUUACAUGCAUCCUUGACACAGCUUGGGAGGGACCCUGACAGGAUCCAGAAACCAGUGGGGCGGCCAUUACUUUAACCCUUCCCACUUGGCUGCUAUGCAUUGCUCACUGAGUUCUAACAGACUAAUGUGCAGCAUAGACUUUUGUAUUAUUGAUCUUUAAUCAAAA